AUGGAUGUAUUGGCCCUUCUCCUUUAUGGUGUAAUGCUUUUUCCCAACGUCCAGAACUUCAUCGACAACGCCUCCAUAAAUGCAUUUGUGGGAUACAAAGAUCGCUCUAAGAAUCCGGUCACCGUUGUCCUAGCUGAAGUUUAUGGGACCCUUAAUCAUUGUUAUGAGAAAAAGGGAGGACAAAUGUUAUGUUGUCUGCCAGUGUUGUAUGUGUGGUUUGUCUCUCGGGUGAUUGAGAAUGCCUUGAAUGCCACAUGUCCCGUGGAUGAGCUACUACAAUGUAAACCAAAUAUGAAAGGGACAAAUGAAUGGGCGCAACUCUGUGCAAACUUAAAUGUGGAGCAAAUUAAAUGGAAUGUCCUUUGGAUGCAAAGAUCGCAAAUCAUAUAUUAUUGCGGGAGGUACCCUAAUGUGCCCCUCAUGGGUAUCCAGUGUUGUAUUAACUACAAUCUUGUGUUAGCACAAAGGCAAUUUGGGAUGCUUGGGGGCAACGUUGUUCGUGCAGAAAGGGACCCAAGGCCAUGGGCUGUUGAUGAGAGAAUUCCUUAUAAUCAUUGGAUUGCAGAGAGGGUUAAGACAGUGCGGUUGCCUUUCGAGUUAAUUUCUCUUAAUCUGGAUUGUGAAGAGCAGCAUCAAAAAGCUGAAGAUGAGGAAGUGCAACUGUUGAAGGCCGAAUUAGAGCGGAUGAAACUAGAAAAUAUCAAGUUGACUGUUGAGAUAUCAGAGCGUGUUAUGAAGCAGAUGUGUGAUGAAUUCAAAAAGGACAAGGAAAAAGCACUGGAGGACCUGCACAAAAUUCAUAUUAGAGUGGAUGACGCUGAGCAACAAGCGAAAGCAGCAGUGACAAAAUUGAAGAAGGAACGUUGGCAUCGGGCUGAAGCAGAGUAG